UCUAGAUUGCAAUUGAUAAUGGUAAUAUGAGCAAACUCUCUAUUAGCCGAUCCAACAGAGCUACUAUUCACAUCGCCCAACUAUUUGAUCAUGUCCUCAUCCUACACUUGUUUUCCCUCAAAUACCCAGCAUGUAAGGUUCUCAAAUAAAGUGAAUAUAUUGCAUGAAGGACACCCUCACACCCACAGACACUCACACAUUCACUCGUACAAGCAAUUGGAGGCACCAAAGAAUGUCCCAAGUUCACAUCCUGGCGAUGCCAUUUCCAGGACAAGGCCACAUCUCUCCAAUGCUCAAUCUCGUCAAACACUUGAUCUCGCGCUCCACAAGCGUUGUGGUGACCAUUGUCAACAUUGAUAGCAUCCACCGCAAGCUCCACGCAGCAACACAAACUUCUCCAUCUCCAUCUCCAUCCUUCGAUCAACUUCGCUUCGUUUCCAUCCCCUUCCACUGGUCCAUCCCGCACGGCUUCGAUGCGUACUGCAUGCAAAACAUGGUGUCCUUCAUGGAGGCCGCCGAGAGCAUGAACGUCGAACUCGAAAAGCUCCUCCGCGAGCUCCACCCCAGCUCCAACUUUUGCUGCCUCAUCUCCGACUACUUCCUCCCCUGGACGCAGCGAGUCGCCGACAAGUUUGGAAUCCCCAGAGUGGCGCUCUGGUGUGGCUGCGCUGCCUGGUCCUCGCUCGAGUUCCACAUCCAAGACAUGGUCUCCAGGAACCACGUUCCAGGUGAUCGAUCACUCGCGAUUCAUUUUCCGGAACUUCUAAGCUUUUUCUCGUCCUGUUUCCCUGCAGUCUUAGAGCUCGACCAAGCCUCCUUCCUCGUCGACUAUAUCCCCGGCCUCCCUCCACUUCACCCGGCUGACAUUCCCACGUAUCUCCACACGGCCAGCGAGCGAUGGAUCCAGAUGAUUGUCGAGAGAGCCCCGUUGAUACGUCAAGCUGCCUGGGUCCUCGUCGACUCUUUCAGCGAGCUCGAGCCUCAGGUCUUUGAGGCGAUGCAGCAGCGUCUCGGCCACAAGUUCGUGUCGGUCGGACCGCUCUCCCUGCUCCACAGCUCCAGCUCCACCAUAGCUUUGCGACCGGCAGACGAGCAGUGCCUCGAGUGGCUGGACGGCCAGGCUCCAGCUUCCGUAGUGUACAUUUCUUUCGGAAGUAAUGCCGUACUGUCCGUGGAUCAGUUUGAGGAGCUCGCCGAGGCGUUGGAAGCCAUGAAGCAGCCGUUCCUGUGGGUGAUCCGUCCAGAGCUCGUCACGGCCGCUCGUCCGGAUGUUCUUCCACGAUUGGACGAGAGCGGCGUCGAGCAGAGGAAAGCAGCGUUCCUGAAGAGAACCAGAAACUUCGGCUUCGUCACUGCCUGGUCGCCGCAGCUCAAAGUUCUCUCGCAUGCUGCCGUAGGAUGCUUCGUCACCCACUGCGGUUGGAACUCCAUCCAGGAGAGCAUAGCCAGCGGAGUUCCAAUGGUCGGAUGGCCUUGGGCUGCCGAGCAGAACUUAAACUGCAAGCUCAUGGCCGAGGACUGGAAGCUCGGUCUCCGUUUUCAUCAAGUCACCGACACCGACAUCGACACCACCGCUGCUGUUAAUGCCGCCAAGAGAGGCGGCGUGAUAAAAUCUGUCCAGAUCCAGAAGAUCAUACGGGAGAUCAUGGAAGAUCACGAAGUUGCAGCCGAGCUUCGGGCAAAAGCCAAGCAGAUGAAAGACGUCGCCAGAGCUGCUGUCGCGAACGGUGGCUCGUCCUUCCAGAACUUAUCUCGUUUCUGUGAAGAACUCGCGGCCACGUCGUUCUGAAUCAAAUGUCAACUCUAAGAUGUUGUCCUAGCACUUUUUCUGCCUAUAGCUGCUGUAACUCUUCCUCCUCCUGGUCGCUGUCUCUCCAGAUGCUUGAUAGCAACA